AUGCCGCAAUCCCAAUUUUCGAAAAUUUUUUUCCCCACUAAUUUGGAAACCAAUGGACCCGACUGGAUCCUGGAGCCAUUUCUAGCACGCAUUUCAGGUGGAGUCACGUUCCUGGUGUCGAUCGUUGCAUCCAUUUUUACACCAGACGCCGAGAAAGAUAGGAAGGGUUAUCCACCACUACGAUCAAAUUUGUUUCUUCAAUGUUGGAUUAGACGAAUGCGAGAUCUGGUUUACACCUCAAUGAUCAGUGUGCCAGGUGAAUUUGUCACAUUUCAGGAUCGCAAACUCGUGAAUGACGGCAACGGAGGGUGGGCGUGCGAUUACACCGGAAAACAGAUCACCUGUGUCGACAUGGGGUCAUUUAACUAUCUCGGAUUUGCCUCAAAUGAUGGACAAAUUUCAGACGAGGUGAUUAAUUCCAUGCAUACGUUUGGCUUGACAGCCUGCAGCACUCGCAGUGAAUUUGGCGAAUUUCCUGUUCACAUAGAAUUGGAGAAAUUGGUAGCUAAAUUUUUGGGGGUUGAAGACGCCAUCGUGUGUGGGUCAGGAUUCGCUACGAAUGCCCUAAAUAUUCCGGCAAUUAUGGAUGAGAACACCUUAGUUUUUAGCGAUGCUAAAAACCACUCGUCCGUGAUUAUGGGGCUGAGACUGUCAAAAGCAGUAGUUCGUGUAUUCCGGCAUAAUGGUAGAAAUGUUAGACAAUAA